CAUGGCUUCCGGAAGCUACUCCGGAUUGUGCUGGUUCCGUGGCCAGCGAACGAAUGGUGAUCCAUCGAGCCGAAAGUUGUCCCUGUUCUUUGCCACCCUGUGCGUGAUCGAUCUGUUCGGUGUGUUUCCGAUCAUUGCGCUACCGAAAUCGAUCAUCUCGUGCGGACUGUACGGUGUACCGUUGGUGCUGCUGGUGUUAACACUGCAGAUCUACACGGCCGUCGUGCUGGGACGUUGCUGGACAAUCGCUGAGCGGCUCGAUCCUUCGAUCGUGGCCAAAAACCGCUAUCCGUAUGCGGCGAUCGCCGAGUUCACGUACGGUAAACGGAUGAGCGUGUUCGUGACGGUGCUCCUCGAUCUGACCGUGUUCGGUGGUGGCAUUCCGAAUCUGCUGGUGGCCGCCCAGAAUCUGCAGCUACUCGGGGCACGCAUCAGUAGCCAAGGGGGAGCCUCGUUUCAGCUUUCGUUCUGCUACUGGCUCAUCCUGAUUGGACUGUUCCUGUGUCCGAUUAUGUGGCUCGGAAGCCCCAAAAACAUGCGCACCCUGGCCAGUGUAUCGGUGGUGGUGUGCAGUAGUGUGGCGCUCCUGACGUGGAUAUCGAUCGGAGCGGAUCGUAGCGCCGGUGCCGGUGCCGGUGGUGGUGGAUCGUUUCGACCGUUCAACGGCAUUACGCUCGGGUUGCCACCGUUGGUGCAGUUGCUGAAGGCGUACGGUAUCAUUGCGUUCCAGUUCGACAUUCAUCCGAUGCUGCUGACCAUUCAGGUCGAUAUGCAGCAUAAACGACAGAUCGGGAGGGCAGUGUUGUAUGGUAUUCUGGUGACGUGCUCACUGUCCGCGAUCACGACCCUGUUGGCGGCGUACCGCUUUGGGAUGGAGACGACAAACAAUGUGCUACAGAUACUGCCACCGAGCUGGUCCCUCUAUCUGACGAUCCUGCUUGUGACGCUCCAGCUGUGCCUCUCGAGUGCCGUCGGGAAUUCGGCCCUGUUUCAGCACAUCGAGGAUGUCCUGGGUGCUUCGCGGGAUUUCACUCUGAAGCGCUGCAUCAUCAGAUCAACGCUCGUUUGGUGUGGUGUGCUGAUUGCGGAAAUAUUGCCCCGGUUCGAUCUGGUUAUGGGCAUCAUCGGUGGUACGUUAACCGGACCGCUCAUCUUCAUACUGCCCCCACUGUUCUAUCAGCGGAUGCUGGAACUGGAGCGACUGUACAGCCAGGAACUGAAACGAUCCUACUCCACCGGUUCGUCGGAGUUUGGGUCGACUUCCGGUAUCGAAGAGGAGGAAGCUGAGGAACAGGAACUGCUGCAGUCGAGCGAGCGAGCAUCGGCUUGGUAUGGAUCGAUCGGAUCGAUGGGUUCGGGCUCGCUGGUCAAGUUACGUACGUCCGUUGGUGAUUGUGUUGCGGUGCUGGGUGUCCAAGUGCGGCGACUGUAUCACGUGAUGUACAGUGACUGUAUUCUGGCCGGGGCGGUGAUUAUGUUUGGCAUCGGGGCCACCCUUGCCUCCACCUACUACAAUCUGUUCGAUGUGCGCGAGUCGCAGCUGUGGUUCUCGUGUUUAAGUAGCUGGCGUCGCUGAAUGCCGUACCGUGGUGUUUCGCGAGUGCGCUCAGAAUGCUAAGAUAAUAGUGGAUGGUUAGCGUUGCCGAUGGCGAUUGGCUCUGUGAAUUGAAAUAAGAACGACAGACGAACGGGGAACUGGAAUGGAA